CGACAACGACGACAACAACGAGCAAUCGGUCAAACAUCAUCGUGUCAAAGAAAGACGUGUUGAAGAAGAAUUGUUUGUUAUCGAGUCGUAGGUGGUUAACAUUGUUUCGUUAAAAGAGCGCACGUUGCCCCGCGUGUUCGAGCACGCGGUUCUCCUCUCUUCCCUGUCUUGUCUGCUGUUCGUCUAUCUGACUCGUUUUGUCUUAUUCUUUUUCCUCUUUCUCUCUCUCUCUCUCUCUCUUUCUCUCUCUCUCUCUUUUCCUCUUUCUUUCUCGUUCUUUCUCUCUCCGUCUCUGUCUGCCGUUCUCGUUGCCGCCUUUCUACGCGCAACCAUCGACAAGAAGAGGGCUUUAAGCGCGGCCAAAGGGAAGAACAGUUCUUACCAUUCCUUACUGUUUGUAAUUACAUGGAGUUAUCGUUCAGUGGUACGAGCACGAGGACGAAGCUUAUAAAAGCUAAGAGUGUCGAGGAAAAUCGUGCCAGUGUGUUUUCGCGUUCCAGCAUCGGGCGUGAGUGCGCGAAAACGACGGGUAUCUACGAGCAUCCUAACUCAGAAGAAAAAUCAACAUUGCAAAGGAAAAGAAGUUUGAAGGAAGAGCAAUAUCAUCAGAAAAUCAUACAGGAGUUACUGCAACGAUCUGCGAAUACUUCCAAGAUACAUUAUAGUGUAACCGAUUGCGAUCAUUCUGUAUUAAGCAAAAAAACAAAAUCAACGUUACAGAACAAACAAGAUUCUGAAGAAGUAAAUCAUCAGAAGAAAAUCAUAGAGGAGAUAAUACAAAGAUCUGCUAAUACUUCUAAAAUAUCUUAUGGUGUGACCAAUUCUGUUAAUUCUGAAUUAACUGAAGAUAAAUCAACAUCAUCGAGUAAAAGAAAUUUAGAAAAUAAGUUACAUUAUCGGAAAAUCAUACAGGAGUUAAUACAACAAUCUGCGAAUACUUCUAAUAUACAUUAUGGUCUGACUAAUUGCGUUAAUUCUGAAUUAUCCAAUGAUGGACACGACAUAUCCCAAGUUGCGCCAGAUUGGGCGUAUUAUAGUUUCUUUCCAUGGGUUUAUGAACAAGCACUCGUAGCACGUUCUGACGUGCAAGAUAAAUGCAACCUGAGUUGCAAGAAAGAAAAUAAAUUAGACGACGUGACUGAACGGCAUAUCAAAGGGUUUCAAGAUCUACCAAAGUCUAAAUCUAAGAGCUUAGUGCUGGAUUCAGAAAAGUCAAACGUGUCGAGGACAGCUGAUUUAAAAAUAUCAAAUUCCUUUGUAGACACUAUUCAAGGCCACGGAGGGAAUCAAGGAACCCCCUGGAAGGGGGAAAAGAAAAAAGAAAAAGAUAAUUUAGUCAAUGUUAAAAAGAAGAUUGAUCUUGAUUUUAAUUUUUGGCCGGAUCAAUACAGAAGUUUGUCGGAGACACAAAAAUUAGCUUGGAACGCCCACAUUAAUUAUUUAAAUUAUUUCUCCAAUUAUUCGCAGUCUACUGUAAACACUAAACUGUGCCCAACUUCUGUUAAUGAGACUACUGCAUCUUAUCAAAGUUCGAAUAAUUUCUCAUCAAAUUCUGUUAAAGAAGUUAAUAAACCUCUUGAUUUGUCGGUAAAUGCCACAAGCAGUGUUGUUUAUAAUCGUGAUCAAGACGCCAAAAUAAAGGAUAGAUAUCCUUAUUUAAAAUUACCUGCUGCUAGUGAUAAGAGAACAGUGCAGUCGAAUUAUCCUGUUAUAACACAGACUGAUUUUUCCUGCAACAUUAACGAUUCUUAUGCAGCUAAGUACAAAGGAUUGAACGAUGAUUUAUUGAAAAUUUUGAACUAUAAUAAUUUAUCAUGUAAAGUAAAAUACGAUACAACACAACUUAAUGUAGUCCAAGAGAACAUAUCUACGGAUACUGAGUUAAAUAGUAAAUCCACUUUGAAUAUAAAUUUAAAAGAAGAAAGUAAGCUCUUCUUAGACAAAUAUCCUAAGGGAAGAACGUAUAAGCUUGCACAUGAAAAAAGAGGAAGAGCAACUAAUUUGAAUGACAGACACAAUAAUAUUAAAGAAGAGUACAGUACAGAGGAGGUAUUAGACAAACCUGAGAGUAUAGAUCCUGCGAUAGUCGCUUCUAGGAUCACACUGGGAAAUUGGGAAGGAAGUGCAAUGUCGGGACAAUAUCCGGGUCAUAGCCGACCACCGGUUGGCACUCCUCCACCUCAAACAGUUUGGAAUCAUCUCACCACGAUGACGCAGGGUCAAGGUAACACUUUUUAUGGUUUAAAUAUUCACGCUUCAGGAUUACCACCUGGCACUGGUUUAAAUCCAGCUGGCUUUUAUACUCAUCCGUCUAUGUCCAGAGCAUCUCAUUUAACGCCACAGUUGACUCCACAACUUGCUCAUACUCAAGCACCACCAACGUGGCAUACGCCUACAGUUCCAUCAAAAACUGUUACGCCAUCAAAUACUCCUGGCAAUCCAUUAUUUAGUUUACAAAUGUUAGUUGAUAACAGGCAAAACCAAAAUCAAUAUAGAAACUCACCAGGUUCUCAAAAUACGCUUGACCUUUCUGCCACGUCGGAUAUUAUUGCUGAAAAUUAUUCUCGAAUACCUCAAGAUAUUCCAAUUAGUUUAACGGCACGAAACGUGGAUAAAGGUAGUCGAAACGGAAAUAUUAUUUCUCCUCCAAUACCUUUAAACGGAGAAACAUCGUCGGACAGUGGAAUAAGUUCAUCUGUACCAACACCUAAUUCUGUCAGUGAACCAGUGUCAUUGUCGACUAAAGAGAUAACGACUCCAAAAAUAACGGUUAAGAAUUUUGAAAGCAACUUGAAAGGCGUUGCCAAUAUUCAUGAUAAGAUUAAGGAAAUAAGUGUUGAUGGUUUCGCACAAAAAGUUAUUAAUUUGCCGCCUAGUGUUACGAUCGAACGUGUUGUUGCGGAUAAGAAAGAACCAGAAACGAAAAGUAAAGACACAUUAAGUGUAAUAGCACAAGUGCCAAGAAAUGUUUUACCUGUUAUCGUUAAUCUUACGUCGAAAAUAGAGAAGGACGUUACAGAUAGUCCUAAAAGGGAAUCGUCUUCCGAACGAGACAAGAAACACGAAGAAACUAGUGUUAGGUCACCCAAGAAUUUACCAAAGAGGGGUAAAAAGGGUGUGGACUCUUUAUUAGAAAAAUUGGAAGGUGGAAAUAAGAAGCUUGGUGGUACUGAAAAUAUAGGUUCCGUUAUAGUGAUGCCGGUUGAAGAGAAAGAUACGUCAAGCGUUAAAAGCAUGUCUCCUGAAAGGCCAAAAUCAAAAUCUCCAACUAGAGAAGAUGAGGUAGUAUCACCUGCAUUCAGUAACGACGAUUCUAAUGAUAAUACCAAACAACGUAGGAAAAGGAAAUUAGAGAAACCAGUAAGACUUAGUAAGGAUUCUAAAACUGAAGUAGAAGACAUGGAGCUUGAACCGACUGAACCAACGGAACCAAGAAUGAGGGAAUCGAUACCAGAAGAAGUAGUUGCUAAUUGUACUCCAGCAACUAAUGUUAAAAUAGAAGAACGAGCUGAAAGUGUGGAUCAAAGGUUAGAUAAUAAGAUUAAUGAAAAUGUAAACGAAAACGAGAACGAGAACGAGAACGAUCAUGAGAACGAUAAUGAAAACGAUAACGAUAACGAUAACGAAAACGAACAUGAACAUGAACAUGAACAUGAAAAUGAAAAUGAAAAUGAAAACGAAAACGAUACUGAAAACGAUCAUGAAAUCGAUAAUAAUAUUGAAGAAAGAAGCGAGGAAAAUCAACCGGUAAGAAGGCGGAGAAGUAGCGAGAGUUCAACCACGAAUUCAACUUCGGCGAAUCAAAGGGUACGAAGAAAAUCAAGCGAUGAUGCUACUGAAUUUUCAAAGGUAACGAGUCCAAAGGCUGUUAACAACACCAAUCCCUUCAAUGAGGUCGAAUCAGAAUUAGAGAAAAUGUUUGCUGGAAUCGAUGAACCCAAGCCAGCUGUUAAAAAGGAAGAUACUAAAGUGGACUUUACUAUUUCUGGUAUUCAAAAUGAAAAUAUUACGAAGGUUGAAAAUAUCGAAAAUAAUAUUUUGCAAACUAAAGAUACUCAGAACAUGGAGCCUACUGAUGUAUCGUCUACGGUUGAUACCAAAUUAUCGGGAAAGAAAGGAAAGAAGGGAAAGGUCCAAGGAGGUAAAAGGAAAUUGUCCAGAUCUACCGAGAAUAUAUUUGGAAAUAUUGCUAGUGAAUCAUCUCAGAAGGAUGGUAAUAAAAAAAAACGUGUAUCUAAAAGUUUGAAAAAACAAGACUAUUCGAAGAAAGUAAAGAAAAAUACUAAAAACGAAGGGUAUCGGGAAAUGGCAUAUGAUUCGGGUUCAAAUGCGAGUUCUAUUAAAUCUCGUGGACCAGUGGUUCAUGUCGAAGGACCUAGAGAUAGCCCUUUAAGUAUUCAAGUAGUUAAUGCACCGAGAGAAGAGGAGGAAGAAAAAAAUAAAGAAAAGAGGAAAACUAUUGGCAAUGGAAAUGCCGGUAGAAGUAAAAGGCUAAGUCAUCAAAAUGAUUUAGACUAUAGAGGAAAAGUUAGCAGAGCUGGUUUGUUUAGUUCCACAUUGUCGUCUCGAUAUGACGCACAUACGACCGACUCUACGUGGGUAUGUGUAUUUUGCAAACAAGGUCCCCACAGUGUUAUACCAGGAGAUCCAUCUAGACCUCAUCCCAAUUUGGCAGGUCCUCAUAUUGCACCUGGAUCGUACACGGUCCCAGCAGGUGUAUUAAGUGAUUUAUUUGGCCCGUAUUUAAUUGGAAAAGAACGUUUAGAAGAUGGAAUCCUUUCGGCUGAUGAUGAACACGAACUAACGAUAGAGCAGAAGAAGGGUGGAAGGAAUAAGAGAAGUUUAAGGUAUGCUGGACUUGCUGAACAGUUCUCUGCGAAAAUGAGUAGAAAGAAAAGGAAUUCGAUUGAAAGUAAUACGAAUGCAAUGUAUGCUGGAAUGACUUUAAUUCCUGGCGAGGAACAGCGUUAUGAAGUUUGGCUUCAUGAACAGUGUGCUGUUUGGGCUGCUGGUGUUUAUAUGGCUGGUGGUAGAGUGACUGGUUUACAAGAAGCUGUGUGGGAUGCUGCAAAAUCGGUUUGUGAUUCUUGCGGUUUAACAGGCGCGAACAUUGGUUGCGUUAUACGAGGAUGCAAAUCUGUUAUACACUAUCCCUGUGCUUUGACAAAGGGUUGGCAUUUAGAUAUGAAUCAAUACAUACCUAAGUGCAACCUUCAUCGAGUUACGUGAAAUUUCGGUGAGUGCGUGUGCAUAGACUAAGUUGGAGAAAAUAAAUUACAAUAUUGAUAAUGCCACACUGACGAAAAGUAAGACAGACCCUGUUUAACAGCGUGUACACCGAAUGAUAGAAAGGCAAUAAACAUAAGGUAUAAAUUAUAAAAAUUUGUUUUGCGUGUGACUGAUGAUGACGAUGACGAUGACGAUGACGAUGAAGAAGAUUA